AUGUCGGCUCCGUAUCCUGUUAUUGUCCUUGUCCAUGGGGCCUGGCAACACCCCGAACACUACAAGCUCUUGGUCCAGGCAUUCCAUGAUGACGGUUUCUAUGAUGUCGUCACUCCACGCAAUGUCACUUCGGGUCCGCCAGAAGAAAUUGCCGGGAAAACGCAUCUAGACGAUGUCCAAGUCAUUCAUGAAGCCAUGGCCCCAUACCUAGAUGCAGGGAGGGAGGUGGUUCUUGUCACGCACAGCUAUGGAGGCGUCCCAGGCGUGUCGUCCUUGCAAGGCCAUACCAUCCAGGAGCGAGAACUCAAGAAUCUCAAAGGCGGAAUCAAAGGAAUCGUCGCUUUCGCCGCCUUUGUUCUCCCUCAGAAGGGGCUUUCUCUCUUUCAACCUGACGGUUCUCAGUACGGGGAAGCAUUUGAUGUACAGAAUGACUAUGUUGCCACUACUGCUGGCUUUCGAAGGGCCCUUUUCUAUGGAGUACAAGAGGGUCAAGACCUCCCUGAACUUUCUCCCCAGAGCCGACUUAGCCUUGAGACACCUACCCAAGUAAUUGCACGGGACUUUGCCAUUCCCAAGGUCUAUAUCGUUUGCGAGGAGGACAAGGUCAUCCCGGUUAACCAGCAACAUGCAAUGGCACAGGCAGCUGAUGCGCGCAUUGUUACAAUUGCAAGUGGUCAUAGCCCUCAGUUGGACGAGAAGCACAGCCGAGCCAUCGCGGGUACGGUUAAGCAGUUCUUUGUCUGA